AUGGAAAGUUAUUUAUCAAAUCUAUUCACAACGGCACAAGAACAUGGAAAUUGUUUUACAUUAUUUCAUAAAUCGAAUUCCACUGAAUUGGAAAUGAUUGCAAUCGAAUCUGGUCUUUCUGAAUCGGCUGUAGUUCGUGGCCUGAAUAAUGAAUCUGUUGAUAUUGAAAUGUCUAUGAAACCAUUUGCACCAAAUGAAAUCAUUAGAUUUCGUGUAAAUUUUGCCGAAGAUGAAUAUACAACAUUGAAUGAACCAAUUUCUGGUCGUUUUAUUAUACAUGAUAAUAGCCAAAUUGCUGUUAUAAGAGAAAAAUCCUAUCGAAUACAACCAGGAAAAUAUUAUAUAUUUUAUCUAAGUAAAUAUACUGAUCGUUUAUUACCAGCACCAUAUGUAACCGAUUGUCGUGAUUAUGAUGUUUAUAAUAAUAAUAAUAAUAACGACAAUAAUAAAAAUAAUAAUGAUAAAAAUGACAAUUAUAUGAUGGCUGAUUCAAAUAAUGAUUCUUUGAAAAUGAUUCAACAACAACAACAACAACAGAAUAACCAACAGGAAAAAGAAACAUUAGAAUCAAAUAAUUUAUUAUUUCGUGAACCAUCAUCAAAAGCAAAUUGUGUGAUUGGUUGUAUGGCAAGAAAAACAAUUGAAACAUGUAAUUGUUGGCCACCGGAAUUACCAUUUUUAUUCAAUCCAGAAUUGAAUGCAAGCGAAAAUCAUUUAAAAUGGUGUGAUUGGCGUGAAAAACCACCAAUUAAAAAAUGGUUAGAUCAUAAAUUACCAAAUGAAACAUGGUUUCAAUAUUGUUUCAAUAAACAUGAAGAUGAAUGUAAUGGCCAAUGUAAAGCUGAUUGUCGUAUUGAUCGUUAUCGUAUUGUUAGUGAAGAAAUUGAAUGGCCAUUCAAGGAAAGAAUUGAACAUACCGAUGAUAAUGAUCUUCGACGUCUAAAAUCAUGUUGUGCUGUCAUUUCAAUACGAUAUUGGAGUGCUGAACAAAAAAUUAAUCAAUAUAAACCACGUUUUGAGAUUGCCGAAUUUACAUCAAAUAUUGGCGGUCUAUUAUCAAUGUGGCUCGGAUUUUCAUUAUUUGGAUUUUAUAAUUUGAAUGAAAAAUUUUUUGUUCGUCUUUGGCGUCAUUGUAUGAAUGAACGACCACAACAACAACAACAAAAUACAACAGAAAUCGAUAAUGAUAAUGAUAGAAAAGAUUCAAAUCAACGAUCAUUACCAUACAUUCGUAAAAGAUCCAAACAAUUUUCGGAAGAAAAUCAUGGCCAUUCCAAUGUUUCUUCGAAUACA